GAACAAACUCGAGUAAUGCUCUCGUGCCGGGGCAAUGGCUACAUCAACGCGAGUCUCAUGUAUGAUCACGACCCACGAAAUCCUUCUUACAUUGCGGCUGAGACACCCCUACUGGGAACUGUUACCGACUUUUGGCAGAUGGUGUGGGAGCAGUUUGCUGUUGUGGUUGUCUGUCUUGAGCCAGAGUCGUCACUGAAGCAGGUGACGGAGGAUCCCUUCAACAUCACUUACCCGGAGGGCGGUGAUGUGGUGUCGCAGGCCCGCUAUUGGCCCCCAGAGGGUUCAAUGACCUUCGGCAAAUUUGAGGUUCGGCUGGUAUCAGAACACAGAACCUGCAGUGACUACAUAACACGUUCCUUCUACCUGAAGGAGCGCGACACAGGUGAAACCAGGACCGUCACUCAGUUCCAUUUCCUUAGCUGGGCCUCGGACACUCCUUCUUGCGACGCUAAAACUUUGCUGGAAUUCAGGAGGAAAGUGAACAAAUCAUUCAGAGCGAAAAACAGCCCCGUGGUUGUCCAUUGCAGGGACGGCUCGAGCAAGACUGGGACCUAUCUGCUACUGGAUCUUGUUCUCAGUCGAAUCAACAAGGGCGUUAAGGAGUUGGACGUGGCAGCGUCUCUCGAGCACCUUCGAGAUCAGCGCCAGGGCAUGAUCCAAACGAAGGGUCAAUUUGAGUUUGUUCUCGCUGCGAUCGCUGAGGAGGUGAACAUGAUGCUAAAUUCUACCAUCGCUUCAGCUCCCUAA